UAUGGGUGUUAUUCGUGUACUGGGAUUUGCCUGCGGUGUUGUUACGGAUUUCCGACGGACUGUGUUCGUGAUGGAUAAUAUAGCAUUACAAGCUGAUGAAGUUCAGGCAUUGUCUGCAAUAUAUGAACAAGAGUGGCAGGUCAUCAGUGAACCAUCCAGAAUAUAUGCUGUAGUGGUUGGUGUUGAUUCUGGGAAGAAGGUCACACUGGAGGUGACUCUGCCUUCUGACUAUCCAUUGGAGGCACCACCUCAGUACCAGCUGCUGGCCCCCUGGCUGCGGGGCAGCCUGCGGCACCAGCUGGGCAGCCUCCUGGACACUCUGUACUGGGAGAACAUGGGUUCCAGUAUACUGUAUUUGUGGAUAGAGCGGAUCAAAGAAUUCUUAGAAGACCUUCGUGAUGGGGAUGAUAGUGAAGAGCCGGCGCCACCUGCCCCGGCCGAGACGCCGGCACUGCCACCUAGCGACGAGGACGCACAACCGUGUCCAGAGAUAACGCACGGCGAGUGUAUCAUGGACAGGAAGAGCGUGUUCCAGGGCCAUUGCGCCAUCGUGCGGUCCGUGCAGCAAGUCCGGCAGGUGGUGGCCCGGCUCAAGGAGAAUCGCAAGGUGGCAGCGGCGGCGCACAACAUGUGGGCGUACCGGAUAGGGGGCGCGACCAGCGGCGCCUUCCAGCAGGACUGCGACGACGACGGCGAGACGCACGCCGGCGCGCGCAUGCUCCACCUACUGGAGGACGUGGUGGUGGUGGUCAGCCGGUGGUUCGGCGGCAUCCUGCUGGGCCCCGACCGGUUUCGGCACAUCAACAACGCCACUCGGGGCGUUCCUGACAAGAAGAAGCACUAG